AUGCAGUGACCUGGAAGUGCAUCUUGGGCGGUUGGUCGUAUAACUCAGUAACUGAGUACUAAUUAACGUUUGUUAUUUGUUUGCAAAAAAGGCAUUCUUUAUGGAAAAAAUGGCAGUAGAAUCCCGUGUGACCCAGGAGGAAAUAAAGAAAGAACCGGAAAAGCCAAUCGACAGAGAAAAGACUUGCCCGCUCUUAUUACGAGUAUUUACCACAAAUAAUGGUCGGCAUCACAGGGUAGAUGAAUUUUCCAGAGGAAACGUUCCAACUAACGAGUUACAGAUCUACACCUGGAUGGAUGCUACUUUGAAAGAACUGACAAGUUUAGUUAAGGAAGUUUACCCAGAAGCUAGAAAAAAGGGCACACAUUUCAGUUUUGCCAUCGUGUUCCCAGACCCGAAAAGGCCAUGCUACAGAGUUAAAGAGAUUGGCAGUACAAUUUCUGGAAGAAAAGGCACAGAUGACUCCAUGACAUUGCAGUCACAACGAUUUCAGAUUGGGGACUAUUUGGAUAUUGCAAUAACCUUACCAAACAGGGCGCCACCACCUCCAGGGCGCAUUCGGCCAUAUUAAAGCAGGACCACCAGGAAAAAGUUGAUUUGGCUGACAAAUCUUUCUUUUUUUUUUUUCUUUUUGUAUAUCAUUAGGACCCCCCCCUUCCAUCCCCAGAAAUGUUUUGAAUAAAAAAUGGCCAGUGUUU